CUCCGCCAUUUUAAAUGGUAACACUGCUGUCAACAUAAAUGAAAUAAAAACAGUCUAGGCAGCCAACAUGUAAGGUUAGGUUAACGAGGAUCACUUAUCAGAGUAUGGCCAAGAGAGCCUUUGAUUGUUUUCGCUUAGGGACGAAAUUAUGUUCUCAAAUUUCUCGAAAUUCUCAAUCUAUAUACUCCUCUAAAAGGUUUAGUUCCUUAUCUUUGAAAAGGCAAAAUGAAUAUAGUAAAGCAUCACCAUUUAUUUCUAGGUUUACUUCAAAUACUCCCAAAGCACCUUGGAUGGAAACAGAAUUGAAAACACCUCUUUCAGAAUUUAGCAAUAAACAACAACAAAAAAAUGAUGAUCAAAAAAGUCGGGAUGAUUCGUGGCGGAAAAUGAAGUAUAGUUUGAUAGCUAUGGGUGCAGCUCUUGGGAUAUGUGGAGGGACUGCAGCAUAUACAUUAGGAAGGCCUAAAAGAGACGAAGAAGGAAAUAUAAUUGAAGACGAAUUCAGUAAAUUGCCCGUUAUACAACAGUUUUUCAAAAGGAUGUUUCAUGAAAUAGAAUAUUAUAACAAGAUGAUCAAAGAACCAUCCAGAGAUAAAUUAUUACCAGAUCCUGUGAAACAUCCGUACUUUCAACCACCUUAUACAUUAGUGUUAGAGAUGACAGAUGUGUUAGUUCACCCAGAAUGGACCUACCAAACAGGAUGGAGGUUUAAGAAAAGGCCUGGCGUUGAUAAAUUCUUGGAACAAGUGAGUGCGCCCAACUUCGAAAUCGUUGUCUACACUGCCGAGCAAGGAUUGACCGUUUUCCCCAUCCUUGACUCGCUAGAUCCCAACGGAUAUAUUAUGUACAGAUUAGUGAGGGAUGCUACGGAUUUUGUUGAUGGCCACCAUGUAAAAAAUUUAGAUUGCCUCAACAGGGAUUUGAAAAAGGUGAUUGUUGUUGAUUGGAAUUCUACUUCAGUUAAACUUCAUCCAAACAACGCCUUUCUAAUUCCUAAGUGGAACGGAAAUGAUGAUGAUACAACGCUAGUGGAUCUUGCUGCUUUUCUACGGACUAUCGCUGCUAAUGAAGUAGAAGAUGUUCGAGAUGUUUUGGUCUAUUAUAGGCAAUUUGAAAAUCCAAUUGAAGCAUUUAGAGAUAAUCAACGAAGGUUAUUGGAACAAAUGGAAGAAAGAGAUAAAUACAAUAAAGAUAAAAAACAGAAUCCUCCACUUACCUCACGUUGGGCUAGCAGUUUUUUAAAUAGGUAG